AGAUUAAACCGACUCUCCCUAUCGAAAAAGAUUAGGGUUUUUCUCCCAUAACCACCGCCUCGGCGUUCUGUGCCGCGGUCUGCAUCGAUGCAUGUAGCUUCUGCGUAGCUCGGAGCUUGUGAGAAUCGCAUGACACAAUGGGCGUUUCAUUCAAGGUCUCAAAGACUGGAACUAGGUUUCGCCCUAAGCUUCUCCUAACGGAGCCCUCUCUCGACGCGGCCGCUCCGAAUUCUAAUUCCAAGGAGAGUUCGCGAAUUGUUGGGGUGAACGAGUCUUCUUCGACCACGACAACUACUCGAAAGCCUGAGGCUGAUGUCAUUGACGCUGGUGAUGAUGCCGUUGGGAACUCUGCAUCAUCCAUUUCUUCUGGAGGGCUUCUUAGGCCUGCAGAUAAUGAAGUUUCUUUCACAUUGAACCUCUUUCCUGAUGGCUACUCAAUUAAGAAACCUUCAGAGAGCGAGACAGCACAUCAGGCUUUUCUUCAAGAUGUUCCAAAGUUGCUGCGUCCGUAUGAUAGGGCAUCAGAGACUCUCUUCUCAGUGCGAGAUUAUCGGAAGUGUACAUCUGAACAAGGAUGUGGUGCUCCACCUGCAGAUGGAUUCCCUAUUGUUAAUAAAGUAUGUCUGAGGAUGUCCUUGGAGAAUGUAGUAAAGGACAUCCCAUUGAUCUCGGAUAACUGCUGGACUUAUGGUGAUCUGAUGGAAGUAGAGUCCCGAAUAUUGAAAGCAUUGCAACCAAAACUUUGUCUAGAUCCCACUCCCAAGUUGGACAGACUCUGUGAUGUUCACAUCCCUGCAAAGCUCAAUUUGGCUUUAUGCAGUGUGCGGAAGAAGAGAUUGAGGCAGACUCCAGAAGUAAUUGUUACAUCCAGUAAUAAGCCUCAUGGGAAGAAAGUUUGUAUAGAUAGAGUGCCAGAGAUUUCAAACGGCAGGUUGGGAGACUCUGGACCCUUAUCGAGUGAUGUGAUGUCACAGCAUGUCCAUGAGAAUCUGACUGUUCAGAAUACUGUUCCAAGCAAUAUGUUAGGUAUGAGACCUAAAAGCUUGGGGCCAGAUGCCUCUAGUCCGGCUGUACCUUUGGUAUCCAACCAAUCAAAGUUCCAAUUAAGUGCUGGAAACCCAAGAAUUAUGCAGGAUCAUGGAUCAGGGCUUGCUGUCAAUGCAUCAGGAACUCCCUCAGCUGGGCAGGACGCUAUGACCUCAUACACUGACAAUAUGAAUUGUAGUGCUGCUCUACUCCAUGGAAAGAGGGAAAAUCAAGAUGCGCAAUUGUCUCCGCUGCCCAGUUUUAAUAAAAGAGCUAGACUUGCACAUGAUGGCACUCAACAGCAGCAAAUAGGGCCACAUAUGGAUGCUCUCCAUGGAUCAGAUUUACACUGGAAAAAUACACUGUUACAGCAACAGUCAAUCACGAGAGGAUUUCAGUAUAUGAACCCUGGUGUCCAGAAGUUUUCCCAGCAGAUGUUUGAAGGGGUUCUGAAUCAGGAGGCUGGCACUGCAUCAUUUUCUGUGGGACAGCAAGGGAUAAGGUAUGGUGCAAAGGAAGAACCAGGUGAGACGGAGAAAUUGGACAGGCCAGAUCUCACUCGAAAUAAAAAUGAUAUGAUGGUGGAAACAGAAACAAACUAUCUGGACCCACAGCAGUCACGACUUCAGCAAAGAUUAUCAUCACAGCAUGCAUUCAUGAGACCUGGUUUCUCUCAGUCUUCCUGGAAUAAUCUCAAUCAGCAUAUUGAGAAGGAUUUAAGGAAGGAAGACCAGGUCCAGAAAAGGAAAUCAGUACAAAGCCCUCGCAUGUCUGCUGGGGCUUUGGUUCAAUCUCCCUUAUCGUCAAAAUCUGGGGAAUUUUCUAGUGGCUCUUUAGGACCACAGUAUGGUGCAGUUGCAACAAGUACUGCUAUUGGAUCAUCACAGAAGGAGAAAGCUGUCACCUCGGUUUCUGCAAUUGGUGGAAGUCCAUCUUUGACUUCCAGUGCUAAUGACUCCGUGCAACGGCAACACCAGGCACAAAUUGCUGCCAAGCGCAGAUCAAAUUCUGUGACCCCUGCUGUGAGUGGAGUUGGCUCUCCUGCUAGUGUGAGCAACAUUAGUGUUCCUUUUAAUGCAGGCAGUCCUUCGGUUGGAACGCCACCUUUGGCUGAUCAAACCAUGCUUGAAAGGUUCUCAAAGAUUGAAAUGGUGACUAUGAGGUAUCAACUUAGCUGCAAGAGAAAUAAGGUUGAUGACAUUCCAACGAGGAAGCCUAAUACAUAUUCUGCUCAACAGCUCUCACAUUGUCUUUCCAAUGUUACCAAUAGUGAGGAUACCAAAGAUGACACUUCUGCUAUGCCGCUGUCAAAGUCACUUGUUGGUGGCAGCAUGAAUAUUUGCAAGAUGAGAAUCUUAAACUUUGUGCAGCCAGAACGCAUAGUUCAAGGAAAUGUCGUUUCAUUUGUUCCUAAAGCUCGAACAAGGAUGAUCAUGUCAGAGAAGUCCAACGAUGGUACUGUAGCACUGCAUUAUGGAGACAUAGAAGUUGGUGAUUUUUUGACUGCAGAGGAUUACCUCCCAACAUUGCCCAACACUUACUUUGCGGACUCGAUGGCAUCCCAGUUUUGUUCACUGGUAUGUAUCUCAAAAUUAGCUGCCAAUUUUAAAAAUUGGGGUUUCAGACUGCAGGUUCUCUUUGCAUCUUACUUCAAGUAUUAUGAUCUCCUUUUGCAGAUGAUACGUGAUGGAUAUCAUCUGGAAGAUCAUGUCCAACCGAAACCAUCACGUGUGAAUCUUGCCUCAAACAGUCAAGCUAAUGCAUCUGGAAUCCCUUCUAAUAAUUCAGCAGUUGAGAUAACACAAAUCUCUGAAACAAUUCCUGGUCAGCCAUCCAAUGAAGUGGCAAAACCAACCAACAGUGGCAAUGCAUCUUUGAAUUCAUCCGGGAAUGUUCUGGCGAACACAAGAAUGCUACCCUCUGGAAAUGCUCAGUCCCUACAGAUCUCGCAAGGCCUCUUGCCUGGGGUUUCAAUGCCUGCCAGGCCACAACAGCUGGACACACAACCAUCACUACAGCCGCAGCAGCAGCAGAAUCAACCUUCUAUGAUUCAACAGCAGCAUCCCCAGUUCCAGAGGUCACCUCUUAUGCUUGCAAAUAAUCCCCUCUCGCACCUGAAUCCAAUUGGGCAGAACUCGAGCAUGCAGUUAGGGGGACACAUGAUGAACAAGCCUUCUCCCCUCCAACUUCAGAUCUUACAACAGCAGCAACAGCAGCAGCAGCAGCAGCAGCAACAACAACAGCAGCAGCAGCAGCAGCAACAGCAACAACCACAGCAGCAGCAGCCACAGCAGCAGCAACCACAGCAACAGCAGCAGCCACAAAUGCAGAGGAAAAUGGUGAUGGGACUUGGCACAGCUGUGGGGAUGGGAAAUAUGAGCAAUGUUAGCCUUGGGGGCCUGAGCAAUGUGAUGGGCAUGGGGGGUGCAAGAGGGUUGGGUGGAGUUGGAAUGUCCACUCCAAUGGGGCCCAUCUCUGGCAUGGGCAGUAUGGGUCAGAACCCAAUGAAUCUGAGUCAAGCUUCAAAUAUCAAUGCAAUAAGCCAGCAAUUUCGUCCUGGGCAAUUUACGCAAGCACAAGCUGCUGCUCUCAUGGUAUCAAGGCUUAGGACGGCGCAGAACCGAGCAGGCAUGUCAGGGAACCCUCAAUCAAGUAUGGCAGGGAUGCCAGGAGCCAGACAAAUAAAUCCAAGUUCUGCUGGUCUUUCUAUGCUGGGCCAGACUCUAAACCGAGCUAACAUGAGCAAUAUGCCACGAACAGCAAUGGGGCCCAUGGGUCCUCCAAAAUUAAUGAAUCUAUACAUGAACCAACCGCAACAGCAGCAGUUACAAUUACAUCAGCAGUUACAGCAGCAGCAGCAGUUGCAACAACAGCAAUUACAGCAGCAGCAGCAACAGCAGCACCAACAACAACAACAACAGCAACAAGAAACAACCUCGCCUCUACAGGCUGUUCUUUCUCCUUCACAAGUGGGCUCACCGUCAACCAUGGGCAUUCAGCAGCAGAUGAAUCAACAAGUGCAGCAGCAGCAGCAACAGCAACAGCAACAGCAACAGGCUAGCCCACAGCAAAUGAACCAAAGAACUCCAAUGAGCCCGCAGAUGAGCUCUGGUGCCAUCCAUCCAUUAAGUGCUGGGAAUCCAGAGGCUUGUCCAGCAAGCCCACAGCUGAGUUCACAGACUCUUGGCUCUGUUGGUAGUAUCACAAAUUCUCCUAUGGAUUUGCAGGGUGUGAACAAGAGCAAUUCUGUUAGUAAUGCAUAGGAGGAGAUCAUUUGUAGCAGGCUUUUGGUGGGCUGCUUCAUGCCUAUUUUCUUCUAGUCCGAAGAUGGGAAAAGCCAAGGCUUGUUGAUGGUGUUGAGAACUGCAAGAGGAUAGAUUUCAUCAUGUUUCAUGUAUAGAAGAAAUCACGUUUGCAACAAGCUCAUCAAGCAUCAUUCAUAGAAGAAAAUAAGUCAUAGCAGGUACUAUGAAUUAAAAUUUGGUUGUGCACCCGGAUGGGAGGCUUGCUGCUUUGGGGGAGGAUCACCAAUCCCAUGCUUCUAGGCAAGAAUCUCUUCACUGUUGACUGUUGUCAAUUUUAUGAGUUCCCAUAGAUCUAAUUUUGGGAGGGAACAGAGGAUAUUUCAUGCCUUAAGAGAGCUGUAAAUUUUGUGUACGUUAUUAUUUUGUUGCAGUAGUACUUUUAGCUCAGUAGCUUUCUAUCGGUUUUGUUGGAUGGGGAAAGUAAAUAAAAGAUUAAGUAAUUAGCCAA